GUCUUGACCUGGGGGAAGUACACUCUAAAGAUCCAGAAUCAUGACUGACUGCAAGUACUUCAUAACCAAUAAGAAGGGAGAAAUCUUCGAGUUAAAAGCUGAACUCAACAGUGAAAAGAAAGAAAAGAGGAAGGAGGCUGUGAAGAAGGCUGCCAUGACCGUGGGGAAGGAUGUCAGCGCUCUCUUCCUGGAUGUGGUGAACUGUAUGCAGACUGACAACCUGGAACUAAAGAAGCUUGUGUACCUCUAUCUGAUGAACUAUGCCAAGAGUCUGCCAGACAUGGCCAUCAAGGCUGUCAACAGCUUUGUGAAGGAUUGUGAGGAUCCUAAUCCUUUGAUUCGAGCUUUGGCAGUUAGAACCAUGGGGUGCAUCCGGGUGGACAAGAUUACAGAAUAUCUCUGUGAACCCCUCUGCAAGUGCUUGAAGGAUGAAGACCCCUAUGUUCGGAAAACGGCAGCAGUGUGUGUGGCAAAACUCCAUGAUAUCAAUGCCCAGAUGGUGGAAGAUCAGGGAUUUCUGGAUUCUCUACGGGAUCUCAUAGCAGAUUCAAAUCCAAUGGUGGUGGCUAAUACUGUAGCAGCAUUGUCUGAGAUCAGUGAAUCUCACCCAAAUAGCAAUUUACUUGAUCUGAACCAUCAGAAUAUCAAUAAGCUGAUCACAGUCCUGAAUGAGUGCACAGAAUGGGACCAGAUUUUCAUCCUGGACUGCCUGUCUAAUUACAACCCUAAAGAUGACCGAGAAGCUCAGAGCAUCUGUGAGCGAGCAUCCCAUGCCAACUCUGCAGUGGUGCUUUCAGCAGUGAAAGUUCUAAUGAAGUUCUUAGAACUGUUCCCCAAGGACUCUGACUACUACAAUAUGCUGCUGAAGAAGUUAGCGCCUCCACUGGUCACUCUGCUAUCUGGGGAGCCAGAAGUGCAGUAUGUCGCCCUGAGGAACAUCAAUCUAAUUGUCCAGAAAAGGCCUGAAAUCUUGAAGCAGGAAAUCAAAGUCUUCUUUGUGAAGUACAAUGAUCCUAUCUAUGUUAAACUAGAAAAAUUGGACAUCAUGAUUCGUUUUGCAUCCCAAGCCAACAUUGCUCAGGUCCUGUCAGAGCUAAAGGAAUAUGCCACUGAGGUCGACGUGGACUUUGUUCACAAAGCCGUGAGGGCCAUUGGCCGGUGUGCCAUCAAAGUGGAGCAAUCAGCAGAACGCUGUGUAAGCACAUUGCUUGAUCUAAUCCAGAUCAAAGUAAAUUAUGUGGUCCAAGAGGCAAUAUGUUGUCAUCGGACAUACCCCAACAAGUAUGAAAGUAUCAUUGCCACUCUCUGUGAGAACUUGGACUCCCUGGAUGAGCCCGAUGCUCAAGCAGCUGUGAUUUGGAUUGUAGGAGAAUAUGCUGAAAGACUCGAUAAUGCGGAUGAAUUACUAGAGAGCUUCCUGGAGGGCUUUCACGAUGAAAGUACCCAGGUGCAGCUCACACUGCUUACCGCCAUAGUGAAGCUGUUUCUCAAGAAGCCAUCAGAAACACAGGAGCUGGUCCAACAGGUCUUGAGCUUGGCCACACAGGAUUCUGAUAACCCUGACCUUCAAGAUCGGGGUUAUAUUUAUUGGCGCCUUCUUUCAACUGACCCUGUGACAGCCAAAGAAGUAGUGUUGUCUGAGAAGCCGUUGAUCUCUGAAGAGACAGACCUCAUUGAGCCUACCCUCCUGGAUGAGCUCAUCUGCCACAUUGGUUCUUUGGCCUCCAUGUACCAUAAACCUCCAAAUGCUUUUGUGGAAGGGAGUCAUGGGAUUCAUCGCAAACACCUGCCAAUCCAUCAUGGGAGCACUGGUGCAGGUCAUAGUCCUGUGGGCACCACCACUGCAACCAACCUGGAGCAGCCUCAGGUUAUCCCCUCUCAAGGGGACCUUCUGGGGGAUCUCUUAAAUCUUGACCUGGGUCCCUCAGUCAGUGUGCCGCAAGUGUCCUCUAUGCAGAUGGGAGCUGUGGAUCUUUUGGGAGGAGGACUGGAUAGCCUGCUUGGCAGUGUCCUUGGCGGGGGCAUUGGAGGAAGUCCGGCAGUAGGACAGUCCCUCAUCCCAUUAUCGAUGCCCGCAACCUUCACUCCUUCACCUACUCCUGCUGUGCUCAGCAGCGGUUUGAACGACCUGUUUGAGCUUUCCACGGGGAUAGGCAUGGCACCUGGCGGAUAUGUGACUCCUAAGGCGGUCUGGCUACCUGCAGUAAAGGCUAAAGGCUUGGAGAUCUCAGGCACGUUCACUCACCGCCAAGGGCACAUCUAUAUGGAAAUGAACUUCACCAACAAAGCUCUGCAGCACAUGACAGACGUUGCCAUCCAGUUCAACAAGAAUAGUUUUGGUGUCAUCCCAAGCACUCCCUGGGCCAUCCACACUCCACUGAUGCCAAACCAGAACAUUGAUGUCUCUCUGCCUCUCAACACCUUGGGCCCAGUCAUGAAGGUGGAACCUCUGAACAACUUGCAGGUGGCUGUUAAAAACAGUAUUGAUGUCUUCUACUUCAGUUGCCUCAUCCCACUCAAUGUGCUUUUUGUAGAAGAUGGCAAAAUGGAGCGCCAGGUCUUCCUUGCGACUUGGAAGGAUAUUCCCAAUGAAAAUGAACUUCAGUUUCAGAUUAAGGAAUGCCAUUUAAAUGCUGACACAGUUUCCAGCAAGCUGCAAAACAACAAUGUUUACACGAUCGCCAAGAGGAAUGUGGAGGGGCAAGACAUGCUGUACCAGUCCCUGAAGCUCACUAAUGGCAUUUGGAUUUUGGCCGAGCUACGGAUCCAGCCAGGAAACCCCAAUUAUACGCUGUCGCUGAAGUGUAGAGCCCCUGGAGUCUCUCAGUACAUCUAUCAGGUCUACGACAGCAUUUUGAAAAACUAAUAAACGGCCACCCUGUAAUCAGUGCAAGCCAAGAACUCGUAACUAAAGGAAGUCGUACUGCUGUGUAGAGCCUGAACACUGCGCCACCCACCCCGGUAGUGACCAGUCACCCUGUGCUGACAUUGGCAUUCACCCCAUUGGAUAGGUUAGCUUCCUGUGACCACUGCUUCCAUCAUUCCCCACCUCUGCCACUGCCCUCAGACCUUCCUCGUGAGCUUCUCCAUGCUGUGCCAAUGGCUAGCUUUUUCUACACCCUCUUUUGAGUGUAGUUUGAUAUUUUGUAAUCAGAAGCUCAUUUCACAAGCAGAAAAAGGCAACAAGUUAAUUAAAGCAAGGAAAAGUGUCACUGAAACAUAAA